AUGCGUUUCUCCCCCUUGAUCGGCCUCGUUGGCGCCGCCAACGCGGUCUGCCCCUACAUGGCCGCUGAGGGCACCCAGCAUGAACGUCGCGACGCCUCGAACGACGGUGCGGCUGCCAACACCGAGGAGUUCUUGUCUCAGUACUAUCUCAAUGACAAGGAUGCAUUCCUCACGACCGAUGUGGGAGGGCCGAUUGCCGAUCAGGACAGCCUUCAGGUCGGAGACCGAGGUCCGACCCUGCUGGAGGACUUUAUCUUCCGUCAGAAGAUCCAGCGUUUUGACCAUGAACGUGUCCCUGAACGUGCCGUGCAUGCUCGAGGUGCCGGUGCCCACGGUGUCUUCACCUCGUACGGUGAUUACUCCAACAUCACUGCCGCUUCUUUCCUCGGUAAGAAGGGCAAGGAGACGCCCGUUUUUGUGCGAUUCUCCACCGUCGCCGGCAGUCGUGGUAGCUCCGACCUUGCUCGUGACGUUCACGGGUUCGCCACUCGUUUCUACACCGACGAGGGUAACUUUGAUCUUGUCGGAAACAACAUCCCCGUCUUCUUCAUCCAGGAUGCCAUCCUCUUCCCCGAUCUCAUUCACGCUGUCAAGCCCCGAGGUGACAACGAGAUUCCUCAAGCUGCCACCGCGCACGACGCAGCCUGGGACUUCUUCAGCAAACAACCCAGCUCGCUGCACACGCUCUUCUGGGCCAUGGCCGGUCACGGUAUCCCGCGGUCCUUCCGUCAUGUUGACGGCUUCGGAGUGCACACCUUCCGUCUCGUGACCGAAGACGGCUCCACCAAGCUCGUCAAGUUCCACUGGAAGUCCCUGCAGGGUAAGGCCAGUUUGGUCUGGGAAGAGGCUCAGCAGGUGUCGGGCAAGAACCCCGACUUCUUGCGCCAGGAUCUGUUUGAGUCCAUCCAGGAGGAGCGCUACCCGGAAUGGGAGCUGGGCGUUCAAAUCAUGGAUGAGAAGGACCAGCUCCGCUUCGGCUUCGACUUGUUCGAUCCCACCAAGAUCGUCCCCGAAGAGCUUGUGCCCAUCACUCCGAUCGGUAGGAUGACGCUGAACCGCAACCCGCGCAACUACUUCGCCGAGACCGAGCAGGCCAUGUUCCAACCCGGCCAUAUCGUCCGCGGCAUCGACUUCACCGAAGACCCUCUUCUGCAAGGCCGUCUCUUCUCGUACCUUGACACGCAGUUGAACCGUCACGGCGGCCCCAACUUUGAACAGCUGCCCAUCAACCAGCCUCGCGUCCCCAUCCACAACAACAACCGCGACGGUGCCGGCCAGAUGUUCAUUCCGCUGAACCCGAACGCCUACACCCCCAACACCCUCAACAAGGGAUCCCCCAAGCAAGCCAACCAAACCGUCGGCGACGGCUUCUUCACGGCCCCCAACCGCUCCCCCAGCGGCCAUCUCACGCGCUCCGUCAGCCCUACCUUCCGGGACGUGUGGUCUCAGCCCCGUCUGUUCUACAACUCGCUCGUGCCCGCCGAGCAGCAGUUCCUCAUUGACGCCAUCCGCUUCGAGACCUCGAACGUCAAGAGCUCCAUCGUCCGUCAGAACGUCAUCCUGCAACUGAACCGCGUCGACAACGACCUCGCCCGUCGCGUCGCCCGCGCCAUCGGCGAGAAGGAACCCUCCCCUGACCCCACCUUCUACCAUACCAACACGACCACCAACAUCGGCGCUUUCGGACACCCGCUCAAGAAACUCGAGGGCCUUAAACUCGGCUUCUUGGCCUCCGCCCAGAACGCCUCCUCCAUCAAGGCUGCCUCGGAGCUCCGCGACGCCCUCGCCAAGAGCGGCAUCGACACCGUCGUCGUCGCCGAGCGCCAGGUCGACGGCGUCGAUCAGACGUACUCGGGCUCUGACGCUAUCCAAUUCGAUGCUGUUGUCGUGGCCCCCGGCGCGGAGGGCCUGUUCGCUCCGUCCUCGUUCACGGCGCCCCCCUCCAACGCGACGGCGUCCGUGGCCACGUUCUUCCCUGCUGGUCGGCCCUUGCAGAUCCUCGUCGAUGGGUUCCGGUUUGGUAAGCCCGUUGGUGCUCUGGGUGACGGUGCUGCUGCGCUCAGGGGCGCUGGUAUCUCGGCCAGUCGUCAGGGUGUGUAUGUGGCGCAGUCGGCGACUGAUGCGUUUGCGGAUUCGAUUAAGAAGGGUCUGCGGACGUUCAAGUUCUUGGAUCGCUUUGCGAGGGAUAACUAG